AUGGCAGACAGAGGUGAUAGAGGCGGCCGUGGGGGCCGAGGACGUGGUGGUCGCGGCCGAGGUGACGGCGGUGGUCGAGGUGACGGCAGCUUUCGAGGCGGCCGAGGCCGUGGAGACGGAGGACGCGGUGGUGGAGACUCCGGUGGCUUCCGAGGUGGACGAGGAGAUUUCAGAGGGCGCGGCGACUUUAGAGGACGACGAGGCGGUCGUGGUGGCGGUCGAGGAGGGGGAGGUUUCGGCAAUCAACCGCUCAUCUUCACCAUGGGUGGAGCUAUUCCACAGCCCGAUGCCAACACAACGAAGCUUGAGAAUGAGACACUCGGAGCCAAGAAAUCUCAGGAGGAGGACAAGUUCCCUGCUCGGCCUGGCUUUGGUACCAGAGGCAACCCAGUCACCCUCUGGGCCAAUUACUAUGGCAUCAAGACAAAGUUCCCCGUCCUUUACAAGUACACUAUUACGGUCAAGGAGAUUAUCGCCGAGGAGGAGGGCCGGAAACUACACUUGGUCAUUUGCGAAGUUCUGAAGGAACUCACAAAGAGGGACAAGUCCCUAGUCCUUGCAACAGAGUUCAAGUCGCAACUGGUUUCCCUGCAGAAGCUUGACCUGGAGAACGACAACACUCUGCGUGUCAGCGUGGCUACAGCAGAAGGCGCUGACAACAUGGACGUCUUUGAAGUUGAGAUCCAUGGACCCAACGAAAUACGCAUGAACGACCUUUUUGAGUACCUCAAUUCGACUACUGGCGGCACCUCUGCCAAGACGCUUGGUGCUCCCGGUGACGAUCAAGACCCUGCCAUCGCCCUCGACUUCCCCAAGUUUCCUGAUCUUGUCGAUUGCCUCAACGUCAUCUUUGGGUACGGUCCCCGGUCCAAUAUCAAUGACAUCAGCGCGAUCGGUAGAUCGCGUUUCUUCUCCUUUAAGAACGGUGGCAUCACGACUGACCUCGGUCGGUCUUUGAUUGCUGCCCGUGGAUUCUUCCAGUCUGUACGUCUUGGAACAGGCCGUCUUCUCCUCAAUGCCAACGUCACACACGGAAUCUUCAAGGUGGCUGGCAAAUGCGACCAGAUCUUUCGCAAUCUCAAUGUGUAUGCGGCGGCUAGAUCCGAUGGGAGGGCCAAGAGGAACGUCAACCUGAUUGGCAAGUUCCUCCCCAAGACACGUGUCUGGGUCACUAUGAAAUUCGCGGACGGGAAGACGGUCAGGAGAUCCAAGGCCAUAUUUGGGAUCGUCAAGGCCUCCCAUGCGAGAGCCUUCUCAGGCCCCAACGCUCCUCGCAUUGACGGUGACUGGGAGUAUCCUGGACCCAAGAACGUGAGCUUUUACAUGGACAAUCGCUACGUCACGGUUUUCGACUACUACCGUUCAAAGUACAACUUCCAGCCUCAGGAUUACCCCCUCCUCAACCUUGGAACUGCGUCCAAGCCGACUUUCGUCCCUGCCGAGUUUGUCGAGAUUCAGCCUGGGCAAGCAGUCAAGGCUAGGCUGACUAGCGGAGAGUCGACCGAGAUGGUCAACUUUGCCUGCCGAAGCCCGUAUGCCAACGCCUUGUCUAUCACCCAGGAAGGACGCGAGACUCUAGGUCUCGAUGGUGAAGUGCUGGUAGGUUUUCCCGAAAAAUUCGGCAUCGCCGUCGACAAGACUCUACUCACAGUUCAAGGACGUGUGCUCCCUGCACCUGCGGUUGCCUACCUCGACGCGAAGAGAAAGGAGACUGAGGUCCGACCUUUUGGAGCUUCUUGGAACAUGAAGAACAUCAAGGUCUACAGGUCCGGCAAGCCAAUCCAACGAUGGGCUUUUGUCAACCUUGCACCUCCAACAGAACACAGCGUCGUUCCUAUUAGCAAGGCAGAGGAGUUUGCAGCGUUCAUGAAUACCAUGGAUAUCAAGAUUGCCAACAAACCGAUACCAGGUCCCACUCUGGUCAUGACCGCCGCAGGCUUUGAGAGAGGCAGUGGCAAUGAGUACUUCAAGUGGGCAAAGGGUCAGAACAUUGAGUUUAUCCUUAUUGCUCUCGGUUCUACAGACACUGCCAUGUACUCAGCCGUCAAGUUGCUGGGUGAUGUUACCUGGGGAAUCCACACCAGUUGCGUCCAGGGCAAGAAGCUUGCAAACGCUAAUCCCGGUUACUAUGCUAACGUUGCCCUGAAAUGGAACCUCAAGGCUGGUGGUGUCAACCACAAGCUGCGCAACGAGUUUGGCAUCAUCAAGGAGGGCAAGACCAUGGUGGUUGGUUACGACGUCACGCAUCCGACAAACAUGCCUACUGGUGCCAGCGACGACCUACCCAGUCUGGUGGGCUUGGUGGCCACCAUUGACAGAAACAUGGGGCAGUGGCCAGCCGUCUCUUGGGAGCAAAGUUCCAAGCAGGAGAUGCUGGACGAGGUUUUGACCGAGGCCUUCAAGUCACGACUUGAGCUCUGGAAGAAGCACAACCAGAAUAAACUGCCAGAGAACAUUGUCAUAUUCCGUGACGGUGUCUCGGAGGGUCAAUUCGCCCAGGUCCUCGAAAAGGAGCUGCCACGGAUGCGCAUUGCGUGCAACUCUAUGUACCCCAAGAAUCAACAACCCAAGCUCACUAUUGUCGUUUCUGUCAAGCGCCAUCAGACGCGAUUUUAUCCCACGACCGAAGACAACCUGCCAAAGGACCGCAACAUCCAAAACGGUACCGUUGUCGACCGCGGUGUCACGCAGGCUCGGUAUUGGGACUUCUUCCUGACGGCGCACACCAGCCUCAAGGGCACGGCUCGGCCGGCUCACUACACGGUGCUGCUGGAUGAGAUCUUCCGUGCCAAGCACAAGAGCGAGGCCGCCAAUGAGCUUGAGAAGUUCACCCACGAGCUCUGCUACCUCUACGGCAGAGCUACCAAGGCGGUCAGCAUUUGCCCUCCGGCCUACUACGCAGACAUUGUCUGCACCCGGGCCAGAGCCUACCGACCUGAGCUGUUGGAUGUUAGCGAUACCGACAGCGUCGUUACUGGAGGCGCUGGGUCGAGCGUUGGCGCUAGCAAGCAGGUUCACGAAGCCUUGAAGGAUUCCAUGUACUACAUCUAA